GAGAAGGGUUGGCAGGGGUAGGAAGCGGAGACAAGCAGCGGGCCCGGCGUAUAGUAUCUGACCGGCCCGGGACAUCCAGACGCCACAACAACCCACCCGUAGCAGUUCUGAAAGAUGACGUCCAGGAAGAAAGUGCUGCUGAAGGUUAUCAUCCUGGGGGAUUCUGGGGUUGGCAAAACCUCUCUCAUGAACCAGUAUGUGAAUAAGAAGUUCACCAACCAGUACAAAGCCACUAUUGGGGCAGAUUUUCUCACUAAGGAGGUGAUGGUGGAUGACAGAUUGGUCACAAUGCAGAUAUGGGACACAGCUGGACAAGAAAGGUUCCAAUCCCUCGGGGUAGCUUUCUACCGAGGGGCCGACUGCUGCGUGCUGGUCUAUGACGUCACUGCUCCCAACACUUUCAAGACUCUGGACAGUUGGCGAGACGAAUUCCUCAUUCAGGCGAGCCCAAGGGACCCUGAGAACUUUCCCUUUGUUGUGCUGGGAAAUAAGGUAGACCUCGAGAACAGACAAGUAACCACAAAGCGAGCACAGGUGUGGUGCCAUAGCAAAAACAACAUCCCAUAUUUUGAAACCAGCGCAAAGGAAGCUAUAAAUGUGGAACAGGCUUUUCAAACGAUUGCACGGAAUGCACUUAAACAGGAGACAGAGGUGGAGCUGUACAAUGAAUUCCCGGAACCCAUCAAAUUGGACAAAAAUGACAGAGCAAAGGCCUCUGCCGAGAGCUGCAGCUGCUGAAAGCGAAGGGAGGGCGAAGCGGGAGUCCUUCACUAACCGAUAUCACACUUAGGCCUUCGAACACAAGACCCCUUCCCUCCCCGCCCACAGUGUAAAGGAUAAAUAUUAAUCAUCUGCACCCUCUCCAGCUCCCAGACAUCGAUCCAAACGGAUACUGACACCUGUAUCAUACGCAGAACACCAUGGUUUUUCUCAUCAGUUUUUUUUUGGGGGGGGGGACUAUACGCCCGCGUGUUUUAACCCCUGUGUUACCAAGUGGCCUGCAGUAGUUUUGCGAGCCCCUGUGGGUGCAAAGUGGUUAACAUUAAAAGCAUACUGUUUGAACUUCUAUUUUUUUGUGUCUUGUGGGGAGACCAUUCUUUUUGUUUGGUUCAUUUUACAGUCGUUGUGUAUAAUUAACCUAUUACAUGAUCCGAAAUAAACCAUUUUAAUUGUCCUGUGUCCCACUGAAGGCUCUAAGCAGAAAGGCUGCAUAUCCCAUAAUCCUUUGCAAGCUCAGCACCCAGUUUCACCCAGGGUCCUUGAGUUUUGUAUGUAUCUCAGUUUAAUGCUUGUUACUUUUAAUUAAUCAGACCUUCUUUUUACAGAAUCCAUUUAUUAUGUAAUGCUUCGUUAGGAAAAAGAAUCUUAUAGUACAUGUUAAUAUAUGCAACCAAUUUAAAAAUGUAUAAAUUUAGUGUAAGAAAAAAAAAAUGUUUGAUUUACAUAAGUAUUUGAAGCACAGGUAAUUAGUAGAAUAAGGACACACACUUUUUCUCCCCCCUGCGUGCUUGGCCUGCAAUGCUAACCCACUGGGCAGAGGUUUGAGAGCGCCUGUGGCGCCCCCAAGAGGUUAUGGCUACAGACAGAUGCAGCUGCCGGCACAGAGCCACAAAUCUAGACUGCUGCUUAUCCAUUUCAUCUCUUUACCUCCUUAAUGGCAGUUAGACCUGUAACAGUGAUGUGCAUAUUGGACUUGGAUAUGAGGUUAAGUGCAGGUAUUAAAUCAUCUUUUUUUUUUUUCUUUUUUUUUGUUUUUUCUCUAAUUUUUUUUAUAUAUAUAAAUAUAUAUAACCUUGUCAUGUCAGCGGUCUGCAGGGGAUCUUUGCUAAGCUCUUACAUGGGGAGGGUGGGGUAUAUUUUAAUGGUUUACCUGUAGCUUAACAGCUCUUUUCCUCUCUGGGGUGUAAUAUGUUUCUUUCCCCUCCCCUUCACUGGCAGAUGAUGUAGUCCUAGAGGUCCCUCCUGCCCUCACCCCUGUGCUGCGGAUCAGAAACUAUUAUUGGUAUGAAACCCUUGGCAGUUUAGCUACCCCUAUGUCUCUGUUCUUGCAUUCGUAGCUUGCUUCCAUCCGGCACUUCUACCUUUUUUUCUUUUUCCAGCAGCCCACGUCCUAUUCCGUAGGCUGGAAUCUUCUGUAAAGAUGAAAAUGAUGCCAAUAAACUUAACAAGAAAA